CAACACUCACAUCUGCCAAAAGUAUUCUAAUCAAUUAGAAAUGAUCUCGAAUGUGGGACGUUAUUUGGUGCGGAUGGGAUUUGGAGAGCAUGGCCAUUGAAAACAUCUCGAGGCGACGCCCACCGGCAGCCGACGCGCGUAAAGAGGCGCACACACGCACUGGCACAUGCACACGCACUGGAGAGGAGAUGAGAGAAGCUCCACUAUUAUGAUAGGUCAUCAGAUCUCUGGACAAGACUGAUCUUUCUUCUUUUUCUUCAUUUUGGUUAAAACCAUGUUUAUCAUGGGCACCUUUUGUGAUUGACAGCCAGUGCGCCAUGCUGGAAUACGGCGUCCUGUAGAAGUAGCUAAUGCUGGAUAUACUGGUCUGACGUUUGGAUUCAACUUCAGGCUCGUUCGCAAUUGAAGGUGUUGUAAUAGUGUUUUUUCCGCAAUCGAGGGGUCUUCAUGCUGGCUUCCAUGUAUAGAGCGCGCACUCCAGAUGCAUGUACUGCUUGACCGGGAUAGGAAAGAAGCCGCGGCUGGCACCGGCACCAUGUUCAGCUGUGUGGGCUGCUUCUGGCUGCUGCUGUCCGCCGCGCUCGUCGCGCUCUGCAGCUUCAGCUUCAUCUCUCCAGCGUGGAUCGUGAAGGAGCAGCAUCACGGCAGGAGCGGUCACUCAGUCAGUUUCGGCCUCCUCUGGCACUGUUCCGAGUCUCUGGACCAUAUGUACACCUGCUACGCGUUCGGCGGCAUUGGAAGGUUCGCCGAGAUUCCCUCCAGCUCCUGGCAGACCAGUGCUGUGCUGUGCUCCGGAGGUUGCGCGCUGUUGGCUGUCAGCUCGCUGCUGGCCAUCAUCACCAUCUUCCUGCCCGGUGGAAACUGUGAGAGGAAGAUCUGCACACUGGCUGGAUACAUGCAGAUGGCUGCAGUGUUCAUCAUGGCAUCCGGGUUGCUGGUUUAUCCCUUUGGCCUGAACUCCAGCUUGGUCAAGUCUUUCUGCGGAAACUCGGAUAUCUACUACGCUGGAGAGUGCCAGAUAGGCUGGGGCUACAUGUUGGCCAUCGUGGCGGUCAUGCUCACCCUCUUUUUACCCUUCUUUGCCAAGUACGCCCCAAAAGAGCAUCUCCUGCCCACCCCACUGCCCACACUUUUAUAAACCCCCUGCCAUCUUUGAGCUGUUAAGACCUGCAUUACUUUUACUUGGUCAACAAUUAUAAUGUUGCACCUUUGGAAUAAGUGUGCCUGGAAGAGCCAUUGUGUUCAUCGUGUAACGUGCUGCAUCGUCUUCCUUCAUCUGAUAAGCUACUUCCUUUCAUCGGCAUCCCUUGUGGUGGAACCCCCCUCUCCCCCAUUUCCUCACUUACGCUUUUACUCACAUGAAAAUAAAUGCAACUGAAUGCAUCGACGCUAAAAUCUUUGUAAAGGUAAACACUAAAACAGCUGGCAAACCUAUGAGAAGGGUCAGUCGAACAUUGUAAUUUUGUCUAAACACACAUUCUGGAUGCAACGGAUGGGAGAGGAUGCGGAGAACUUUCCUCCCAAACAUCAGGGAUUAUUCCGAACAUCAUGAGGACAGCGAGGAACUCCUUCAUGCAACAUCAAGUAAUAUUCAGCUAGCCAAGACUCAUCAUGGAAAGGGAAACAGGAAAAUUCGUUUUGUGGAUCUUGUGGCUAUGAAUGUUUUCCUCUUCACUUUGGAUCAGGCUUUUGAGGAAAUAAAAUGGAUUUAUGAUACUGGUGAAAAUCUGAAAGGGUUUGGAAAAUCUGCCAUAUAUUUAUCCAGUAACAACCAACACUGUGGCUAAAAGACUAGGAGAACAUGAAAUAAACUUUUCUUCAAAACAAAAUUACACAAAUCUGUGUUUUUAUACAUAUUUUGCUUUAAAGACUGGGGUGUAAAUUGGUCAGUGGACGUCCAAUCAGCAGUGAGAAUAUAGUCAAUCGGGCUUAAUGAAAAACUCAUUAAAAAACAAAAAGCCAACAAAAGCACUGACCUUUUCACCAAUAAACUUGUUAUUUUGAAUGAACUGUACACUAAAACUCUGAAAACUGUCUCUGUUGCCCUCACUUCCUGUUAGUUCCAAUAAAAGGUUUUAAAGGCCAAGUUAUCCUGCCUGUGUUCUACUUGGAUCUUUUACUUACUAAAACUUCAGGAUGUAAUUGUAAAAGACAUACCGGGGGAAAAAACGAAAUGCAACACUUUCUUAUUGGCUAGACAAUUUUUUAAACCCCAGUGAACACUUCAUGGGUUUUUUUUUUUUUUUUGGUUUGUUUGUUUAGUAGAAUAAAAAAAAGUCUUAAGGAUGUUUCUACUGCAUAAAGACUUGAAAAUCCUGAAAAUGAAGUGCAAGGACAAGAGGAUGAUUAGAGUUUGUUGAUGGUCUUUGAGCACUCUGGCAGGAAGGUUGAUGCAUUUGAACUCGCUCUCCUGACCCUUUCACUUUAGCAAGCACCUAUGGAUUAUCGUGGGUCACAUCAGACGCUGGCUCUCAGACUCGGAGGUCUAAACCAGUUAAACACUACAGCGUGAUGUGUCGGUGAUCAAACAGUCCAUGUUCCUUUUAUUAUCCUGUCUUUAUUUUUGAUGUUGAAUCGCUGAGGGUCGAGAUCUCGUUCCAAUAAAUGUUGCAUUUGUUAUUUUAUUCCCUCGUCUAGAUUAAAACACUGACAACAAAACUAAAAGAAUUUCUGCCCUAACCAAUGUGUGCCUUUUUUUUUUUAAAACCACGACUUUGAUGACCUUCAACACCUUUGAUCAGGUUACUUCUGCUGAAACUGUAGUUUUGUAAAUGCUUUCUGUUUUUUUUUUUUUUUUUGCUCCCCCCUCCUGUGGUGUCUUGAUUUGCUGCAAAUGCAACAGGGAUCGUUUCAGUUGUAACUCCUGCAGACGCGCUAACUUGAUCAAAUUCACAAGAAGCUGUACAAUAAGAUUUCCAAGGGGAUAAAAACAAAAGCAGGACACAAUGAGAAGCAUAGAAACAGGAGAAGCAUUUGGAAUGAAUGUCUAAUUAAAACAAAAGAGCACUGCUGUCAUUUUAUAUCAAAAGUUAUCUGCUACUCUCAACGAAUUAUUGACAAAAAGAAGACUAUGAUAAGCAAUACAGCACAAAAUCAAGAUGCUCAACCUGAACCUGGCCCUCAUUUGCAUUCGGCACCUUUUUGUGUGAUGUGUUUUCAGAAUUGCUAAACUAUAUUCCAUCUUCAACUAAGACUUUCUACUAUAAAUUUAUGAAUGUGUGAUUACGCAUGCCGUGGCAUCUGGCUCCAAACUAAUUCAGUAAUUCUAUUCCAACCUGUGAGCAAGUGUAUACAUUAAUGUUUUUGGUUUUUUUAAUAACAGAACACACUGACUGGUACUACCGGUGUACACUGCGUAAUAAGUGCCAAUAAAGUUAAAGAGACGUAUGCAUACGUUCCCAAAACGCACUUAGAUGACGGUGUUAUUGUAAAAACCUUUGGUACGGUGAUUCCUUUUGUCUGUUAUAAUGUGUAUACGGUCUGAGCUCUGAUUCUGUAAACCAGUUGUAUUUUAGUUUUCCAUUGUGUGGUUUUGGCUGUAAAUAAUUAUGUAAGAUGGCUGUUCAUGCUAAAAAAAAAAAAUGGUUGAUCCCCUUUUGGAAGAUCUAUUUUGAGAUAUUACCUCAUUAUUAUGUUUGUUUAUCCCCUGACCCUUAACAAAACUUGCUGUUGUGUGUUUUUCUCUUUGUAAUAAAAUGUUUAAUUAACAAAGAAAAAAAA